AUGACCCAUCUCGAGAUGUGCAACAGUCAAAUUGCUUUAGUAGCCAGUGUCAGUGCACAGGGCUCAAGAAUUCGUCAUGUACAGUUGGGAAGCCUUGAAUUAUCUGCGCUUGCAGUGGACGGACUUACAACCGGUCAUCCCGUGAAAAUAUUUGUUGCUGGCAAUCCAUUAGCAUGUAGCUGUGAAAUGGACUGGAUCAGAAAUACUAAGGACUUGCUGCAAUGGAACGAAUUCCCAGCUGCGAUGACCCAUCUCGAGAUGUGCAGCAGUCAAAUUGCUUUAGUAGCCAGUGUCGGUGCACAGGGCUCAAGAAUUCGUCAUGUGCAGUUGCAACAAAAUCGCAUAAUGACUCUCGCUGGAGAGCAAAUCCCGAACUCAGUCGAGCACCUCAAUCUCAGCGAUAACUCAAUCCAAACUAUCGCUAAUGGCACAUUUCGAAGCAAAACAGCAUUAAUGAGUGUAGACCUACGAAACAAUCAGUUGGGAAACCUUGAAUUAUCUGCGCUUGUAGUGGAUGGACUUACAACCGGUCAUCCCGUGAAAAUAUUUGUUGCUGGCAAUCCAUUGGCAUGUAGCUGUGAAAUGGACUGGAUCAGAAGUACUAAGGAAGACAAAUCCCUCUUGGACAUCGUUGACGGUAACCAGGCCAACUGUGUUCAUCGAAUUCAUAACCAACAAAUCACUCUAUCGACAGUCGACAAGAACGAUCUACUUUGCCGCUACAAACAGAUUUGCGAGCCGAACUGCAUCUGCUGUCAGUACGGCAAUUGCGACUGUAAAUCGCGAUGUCCAGAUGGCUGCCAGUGCUUCCAUGACGCUACCUAUACAACAAAUAUUGUACGGUGCUCAUUGUUGAGUUUGGCCGAUCGCAAGAAUUUCACACCAAAGGAUAUGCCAAUGUAUGCGACGCAUGUUCACCUGGAGCACAUGGAUAUCCCAGUGAUCAAAAGCCAUGAUUUCCUCGGGCGGACACGCCUUCUGGAGCUUCACUUCAACAACGCAUCGCUACGCGAAAUUCAGCCUCUGGCAUUCAACACACUCUCUUCACUCCAGUUACUGGACCUAUCAGAAAAUCAUUUGAUGCGGUUGACCGGCGACGAACUGUACCGAACAAAUAAAAUAACUACUUUGCUCCUGAACGACAAUCAGCUAACAUUACUGGGCGAUCGGCUCAACGAUGUGAUGCCAAAACUGCAGACAAUCAGCUUACACAACAACAGAUUACAGGAUUUACCACUGUCUGUGGAGCAAUUUGGAAGGCAGCUUACAAGUGUUACACUUGGCUCAAACUUAUUCCGUUGUGAUUGCUCACGGCGAUUUCGCGCACAGUUUUGGUUACCGCGGAAUUUGGAUAUCGUUCGUGAUGUACAAAAUAUUUUCUGUGUGGAAAAUAUCAGCAGAGCAAUUCGCGAGAACGACACGACG